AUAAAUACCGCAUCGAUGGUCGAACCCUCCUAUCGUCCGUUCAGUUACAUAGUCCUCUCUAGCGUUCGGUUGUUCUCGAAUCGGCUCGAGUUCUCUAAGAUGCCCGCCGUCCAAGGAGUCCCGAAGGCGACCGAGGCCAAGCCCAAGGAGAAGAAGCCCCGAGCCCCAAAGGCCGCCAAGGAGAAGAAGCCCAAGGGUUCCAAGUCCUCCGCCCCCUCCCAUCCCCCCUAUUUCCAGAUGAUCAAAGAAGCCGUGUUAGCGUUGAAAGAGAAGACCGGAUCGAGCCCGUACGCGAUCGCCAAGUACAUGGAGGAGAAGCACAAGGGGGUCCUCCCGGCGAACUACAAGAAGAUGCUUGCGAUCCAGUUGAAGAACUUCGCGGCCAAGGGGAAGCUCGUGAAGGUCAAGGCCUCGUUCAAGCUCUCCGAGGCAGGUAAGAAGGAGGGCAAGCCGGCGGCGAAGGAGAAGAAGCCAGCCAAGGCGGCUCCCUCCGCUGGCACUAAGCGUAAGGCUCCUGCCGCUGCUGCUGCGGCGAAGAAGACUGUGGCCUCUUCCAAGGUUCCGAAGAAGGCCAAGAAGGCCGCGGGAGUGAAAAAGGCCAAGAAAGCAGCCCCGGCGAAGCCCAAGCAGCGCAAGUCCAUCAAGUCCCCUGCUGCCAAGAGGGCUAAGAAGGCCGCUGCGUGAUGUUGUUAGGGGGGGGAUCGUUUUAGCUGGCUUUUGAGAUUGUAAAGAUUUUGGAUUUUAAUUAUUCUGGUGUCAGUCUUUGUAAAUCUCGCUCGCUAUAGGUCUUUUUCCCUUCUGAAGGAAACCCAAGCAGUGCAACUUUUUCUUUUAAGCGUCUCUUUCUAA